AUGGCUGAGAAACAGUUUUCAAAGAAUAUUAAGAUUUUUCAGCGUGAUGGUAGUGGUGAAUUCUCAAGUUCAGAGUUUGUGAAGUACUUAGAGAAUUGUGGCAUUGUGAGACACAUUUCAUGUCCUCAUAUUCCUAAACAAAAUGGACUUGCAGAAAGGAAAUAUAGACAUUUUCUCUCAGAAUCACAGGCUGAGCCUAGUUCAUCACAUCAUAUUUCUCCAGGGGAAGUACUAGAGGAUGAUCUUGUCACUGAUAAUGCUACUAAAAAUGGCAUUAUUGAUCCUUCUUUACCAACUGCGGAUGGAUCACCCUCCAUAGCACCAUGUAACACAACUCAAGAUGAGCUUGCAUCUGACACUCAGAAUCAUCACAUGGUUACAAGACUCAAAGCUAAGUCACUUCCUAUCACUCACACCUCAUUAGCUGUUAUAAAAACUGAUGUAGCAGAACCUAAGUCUAUAAAAGAAGCUCUUAGUUCUCCUCACUGGCUAACAACAAUGCAAGAAGAGUUAACAGCUUUACAUCGAAAUGAGACUUAA